GGGUUUCUGUCUUCCUUCCCAACCCCCUUCCCUUCUGCACAACAGGGAUUUGGGAAACAAGUGGAUGUGUCAUACAUUGCCAAGCAUUACAACAUGAGCAAAAGCAAAGUUGACAACCAGUUCUACAGCGUGGAAGUGGGUGACUCGACCUUCACUGUUCUCAAGCGCUACCAGAACUUGAAACCAAUUGGCUCUGGGGCUCAGGGAAUAGUUUGUGCUGCAUAUGAUGCCAUCCUUGAUAGAAACGUGGCCAUUAAGAAGCUCAGCAGACCAUUCCAGAACCAAACCCACGCCAAGCGUGCUUACAGAGAGCUGGUCCUCAUGAAGUGUGUGAAUCACAAAAAUAUUAUCAGUUUAUUAAAUGUCUUCACGCCACAGAAAUCUCUGGAGGAGUUCCAGGAUGUUUACCUGGUGAUGGAGCUGAUGGAUGCCAACCUGUGCCAGGUGAUUCAGAUGGAGCUAGACCAUGAGCGAAUGUCCUACCUGCUGUACCAAAUGCUCUGCGGCAUCAAGCACCUGCACUCUGCAGGAAUUAUUCACAGGGAUUUAAAACCAAGCAACAUUGUGGUAAAAUCUGACUGCACACUGAAGAUUUUGGAUUUUGGGCUGGCCAGGACCGCGGGCACCAGCUUCAUGAUGACUCCGUACGUGGUGACACGGUACUACAGAGCACCGGAGGUCAUCCUGGGAAUGGGCUACAAGGAGAACGUGGAUAUAUGGUCUGUGGGAUGCAUUAUGGGAGAAAUGGUUCGCCACAAAAUCCUCUUUCCAGGAAGGGAUUAUAUUGACCAGUGGAAUAAAGUCAUAGAGCAGUUGGGAACGCCCUGCCCAGAGUUCAUGAAGAAGCUGCAGCCAACUGUACGGAACUACGUGGAGAACCGGCCCAAGUAUGCUGGCCUCACCUUCCCCAAACUGUUUCCUGAUUCUCUCUUCCCAGCUGACUCAGAACACAACAAACUCAAAGCCAGCCAAGCUCGGGACCUGCUGUCCAAAAUGCUGGUCAUCGAUCCGGCCAAGCGCAUAUCAGUGGACGAGGCCCUGCAGCACCCAUACAUCAACGUCUGGUACGACCCCGCCGAGGUGGAGGCGCCACCUCCCCAGAUCUAUGACAAGCAGCUGGACGAGCGGGAGCACACCAUUGAGGAGUGGAAAGAACUCAUCUACAAAGAAGUAAUGAAUUCUGAAGAAAAAACGAAAAAUGGCGUAGUAAAAGGACAGCCAUCUCCUUCAGGUGCAGCAGUGAACAGCAGCGAGAGCCUCCCCCCAUCCUCAUCGGCCAACGACAUCUCCUCCAUGUCCACGGAUCAGACGCUGGCGUCCGACACGGACAGCAGCCUGGAAGCGUCGGCGGGGCCACUGGGGUGCUGCAGGUGACUAGCCGCCUGCCUGCGGAACCCCGCCUUCUUCAGGGGGUGACGGCGUCCAGAGGGAAAGCAACAGAGCUAAGGGACGGAGGGAAAUAAAAUGCACAGAUUUAAACGAAACAAACAAAUCUUUUCCGCCUGCUUCUCCUACAGAGCUAUGUAAUGCAGCUCAGCUCAAGUGUGUAUGUAACUCAUAGUUGCUCUGCUUUGGUCUUCUGAUGAUGCUUUCUGGGGUGGGGGAGGAAAAGGAUUCUUCAGAUCCUUUUUUUUUCCACCCUUACAAGACGCAAAAUUAAUGGCUGCAAAACCAGCAACCCACAGCUGUCCUCUCACGCUGGCAUGACAAGGUGUGCAGUGCCACUCCACAACACACCAGUGCGGAUCUGCCCUCACUCUGCUCUGUUGUCUCCUGCUCCCUGGGGCAGGUAUGGAUAUACGGUUCGGGAUAUGCAGAUAGAGAUACACACACAUUUUUUCCCCAUGCAUGAAGAGCACACACGCACGCCAGUAGAGUUCUGGCUGUGUGUGUAGCUGUAUGCCUGUAGGCACACAUCAAUCUGCACUCACACUCAGUGCACCACACAACUACAUGGCCCAUUUCAUGUGAGCAGCAUACAUACAGGGGUACUGUUACCCAUGUAUAUGUUGUGUCCUUGGUCAUGGAUGAGGCUGCACAGCUUGUGCAAUGAUUUGUGGAAGUGAAAAUAACCACACAGAGCUGUUGCUCCCUCAGACCCUUGAAGAUGUAGCACCAGUGUUUUUGCUGAUAGCUGUAUAUAUACUUAACGUUUGUAUUGGAGGAUGGUGCUGCAGAUCUUCACACAAUCUCUAUGAAUAUUGGGAAGAGUUCUGAUUUUCAGAGCAGAUAUGCUCAGCUAAGAGCAAGUUGGAAGGAAGCACAUCAUGUAUUUUUGCAAGGCAUGGGGAGCAAGAAUGGAGAUUCUUUGUGCAUGCGUAUGCCCAGAGAGGUUUAUAUCAUAAAGCAAACUUCUCCUGUCCAUAUUCAGUGAAUUAUCUUUAUUUAUAGAGGGACUCACUGCUGUGAGUUCCAGAUAUAUUUGUGUGUUAGGGGACAUUACGGGGUUGGGGAACAGACAGACCACAGUCAAAAGGACAUUCAAUGUUUAUUUUUGUAUAUCUUUGAUUUUACUGAGUUCAGCAUUGGGAUAUCUGCAGCCCUCCUCAGCAUGUUUGUGGCCAAGAGAUGGUUUCUCCUUUAUGUCAUUCCCCUGCAGGGAUUUCCAUCACUGAGCAAAGACCACCCUUCCCUGGGUGGUAUCUUUGGCCAUUCCUUUGCUUGUGACAAGCCAUCCAGCUCUCCAGAAGUGUUACCAGCUGUGUUACAUGGAAAAGAUGCACAGAGUCGGUCCACAGAAGGGGAAUGUUUUUCCAGAAGUCAACAAGAAAAACUGUUUAGAAUAUUUUAUUGGAUACUUUAAAUCCACCAGUUAUAAAGUAUUCCAAAUUCUCUUCCUUUCUCCUGGAAUAUAGCUGCUCUGUUGGGUGGCUCACACACCUGCUGUUCUGCUGUAGGAUAGGAAAACAAUUGGAGUAGCAGGUCAGAUUUUCUUCAAAGGGAAGAAAACAAGAAAUGAAUCUUCUCUCCAGGGUGCUGAGGAAGGAAGAUAUGAAUGCAUAUGAAGUCAUUUCAGACCUGGUAGCAGAUCUGUUCUGUAGUAGGACAAUGUGGUUUUUUUUUUCCCUCCAGGGAUAUUUUUGGUUGAUUUUUGGGGAAAAAAAAGAAAAUACAAUUAGGUCUACGAUUUUCUAAAAACUCAUAACAGUAACUGUGAAAGCAAUAAUUUACCACUGCUAAAAGAGUUAGCAAUAUUCUUUCUUAAGCCAUGAAACAUCAAGUCAUUGUUUGGUGAUGGGACGCUCACUUCAGUGCCAGUGAUCAUAAAAGUAAUCAAAGCAAACAACAAUGCUUUGUAGGCAUGAAGGCAAUAACACCACAGUGACUUCCUAGCAAUAAUGAAAUGUCUCACCUCCAGAUUUUAAUCAUCAUACAUAUAAAUAGUACUUAAUAACCAGUACCUUUUCCCCAUUCUUUGGUUUGCACCAUUCUAGUGUGUUAUUUGACCCCUCAUCCCAAAGAAAACUCUAAGAGGCAGAGCUGCAUGUAAAAGAAAGGGCAAAAAUUGAACAGAUGCUGAAUGCUAGCAUGAGGAAAUGCUGUUCAUCACCAGCCAUGUUAUGGAGAUGUGACAGAUGCAGUAACAGAAGGGCCACUUACGGUGGAUGGGUGCUUGCAGAUCUCCCAUGUUUUACACUGAGUCCCAUAGCAUAAUUUGGUCUGGUUUGGGUUCAGGAGUGCUGGGCAGCAAUCUGGGAAGCACAGGAUAUGUUCUGCAGAUGGGCAAUGAAUGAGUCUAUAGCACAGAAUGUAUACUGUUGUGUUCCCAGCAGCCAAUUCUUCUAACAGCAGUGCUGCACAAAUGUUUUGUGGCUACCAUAGGGAUGCCUAUCAAGUUUCACAACUAGCACGUGCUUCUGUCUUGUGUUCAGUAUUGCUCAACACAAGCGCAUGUUGAAGUGCCUUGCUGAAAUGGGCCCAUAACAAUGGCUGCCUUUGGUUUUGGCAGUAAAUGAGUUCAUCUCCUCUUUAAGAAGCAUUGUUUGCAGGAGGAGACUUAGGGCUGUCCACAUUGGACACCAGAAAAAAAGCCAUUGAUAACACAAAGCAAUAGUCUCUUUUGGGCUUGGUCCUCAUGUGACCUGGCCAUGCUGCGUGGUGGCUGCCACAUAGGGCGUUUCCUCUGUGUCUGUAGGUUGUUGCUGCCAACUUUAUCCUACAGGAGAGUGUGUACCCUCCAAUAUGGAUGACACUGGUGACAAUCUGUAGCUAUCCUAAGGUGCAGACAGGAUAUUCCUUUCAGAUUCUGGAAUUUGGUGACCUUUCUCUUCAGGUCCUUUUCCUUACUAUCCCAAAGCUCUGUGCAACGUGACCAUAGAUGUAUCUUUUUUCUUCCUUCACAGUGACCUUCCAAAUCUACCUCUUCCAUUACAUGGUCAGUACAUACGACUUGAGAAACAAUUUUCACCUCAUUCUCAAGUUUGCAGCUGUAGGUGUAAUUACAGUGAUGUAAAAUAUUGGUAACACAGAGAGGUGUAAUGGCAGUUUUUUCAAAGCAUUGAGGCACUGAAACAUCAGCCUCUUGGCAGAAGUGCAGCAAUGGCAGCACUUGUUUUUCAGUAAGAGUUGCUCCUGAAAGACAUCCUUCCUUCCCUUUUCUUUUUACUGGUGAGUUUAACUGAGCACUGAUUUGCUUUGAGUUGAUGGAAGGUUGCGUGUGUUUUCAGUCCAGCAGUAAAUUUUGACAUCACUCUUCAGAUGCUCACUCGUCAACCAGAAUAGUGUAUAUAUAUUCCAUCAGCAUACAGUGCAUCUUCAGUGAUUUCAGGUGUUUAUUUGGAUUGGUCGCAGACUGAAGUAUUUGAAUGAUGCUGUUGCUGGGAACCCACCCACACUAUUCAGAUUUCCAUGGCAUGGAUACAUACAGUCAAUUGUAGCAUAUAAAGGAGAGCUCAGAUUGGAGUGCAAGUAUGGUAACUUGUAAAAAAAAACAAAAAAAAAGAAACAUAAAGCCCGGUGAGUGCUUCUCUACAGCUCUGCUGUUUAUCCUCCGGCAAUGAUCAGUUCCUGACUGAUGCUGGCUGAUCUCAGGAGAUCAUGCAAGCCAAGUGGUAAUGUCACUGCACCAUUCUUGUACUUUUAUAACAGAAUCUGAUCAUAGGUAUUUACAUUCAUUUACAUAGCUUUACUUUUAAGAUUUGGGCUAAUAAUCCUGAAGAGAUGAAAUCUGUAAGUGUGCCUUUAGGAAUUUUUUCAAAACGCUGCCACGACACUGAUAUGGACUGUGUUCUUCUUUCCCCCCAACUUAUUGGCUCAUGGAAAUAUGCCAGUAGUCAACGUUAGAACUGCCAAAGGGAAUCAGGCUGAGUACAUUUCGUCACUACAGAAUAGAAAUAUUUUAAUUUGAAAUAACCUUUAGAAGCCACUUGUAUGAUAAAUGUUGCAGGAUUUUAGGUGAUCAAAAUCAACAAUUCUAAUUUCAGAUGUGUUUCUUUUUAUGCUUACCGUUCUUUCAAAUUUUUGUUUGAAUUCAAUCAUACAGAAUAAUGAAAAUCUCUUUCCCCUAAAGUUUGUGAGAUGAAAACAAUGAAUUUCCUAGCAAACUCUGUGUGCUUCCAGGGAGAGCACUAUGGAAGGAAACCUGCAGGGGAGAAUCAGCAUUUCCUUUAGUAAUC